CCUCCUGUGCCCGGAUCCCCUCAGCCGUUCUCUCUCCAGCAGGCCCGACCCGCACAUCUUUCCGGGCCAUAGCCCAUGUAGACCCAGCGGACUGCACACAGAGAGGGGCUGACAUUAACAGGGACCCGGCGAGAGAAAGAAGGAGCCUUAACAUUUGUUGGACGAAAACCCGACUAGUUUUAUCGGAGCACCCCAAGUAUUGGCUCUCUAAUUUUUUUUUCCACAGUCCUGAGAGGGGAAAAAAUGACUUCUUAGUCCGUUAAAACUAGUCCGGAUCUGGAGCAGCUGAACUCUUCUGAGCGGGCAGGGCACACACGACGGGACCGUUAGGUUUACAUCCAGAUAACAAGAACCUGGUCUACGCAGAGGGGAAGGACAUUAAAAACAUUUUUUCCCGUAAAAGGCCAAAUUUCCACGCUUCUUAACAAAACACAAAAACAAAAAAAACAAAACGAACCAAAGCUGAUAAAUCGACAAAGGGGGUGCUGAGCUCUGCGAGGCGUGCUUCAGGAUGCUGUCGGAGCUGAGCGAAUGGUUCUGGCAGGAGCGGCUGUGGUUCCCCGAGGGUCUGGGCUGGGCUGACCUGGAGGAUCGAGAUGGACGAGUAUACGCCAAGGGCCGUGAUUUAUGGGCGGCGCUUCCCAUUGCGCUGGUAUUCCUCAUUAUCCGGCAAAUCUUUGAGAGAACGGUGGCCACACCUCUGGCUUCUCUACUCGGUGUGAAGGAGACGGUUCGACUCAAAGCCCCUCACAACCCCUUCCUGGAGUCUUACUACUGUAAAGUGACCAAAAACCCCACACAGCCUUCAGUAGCGAGUCUUUGUAAGCAGACCGGCUACUCAGAAAGACAAGUGCAGCGCUGGUUCAGAAGGAGGAGGAACCAGGACCGACCAAGUUUGCUCAAAAAGUUUCGAGAGGCCAGUUGGAGAUUUACCUUUUACCUUCUUGCUUUCAUUGCUGGCCUGGCCUCCCUUAUUGAUAAACCUUGGCUGUAUGACACGAAGGAAAUGUGGCAAGGCUUUCCUGUGCUGACUCUGCUGCCAUCUCAGUAUUGGUACUACAUGAUCGAGCUGGGCUUUUAUGGCUCCCUGCUUCUCAGCGUGGCUUCUGAUGUCAAACGUAAAGACUUUAAGGAGCACAUCAUUCACCAUGUUGCAACCAUCCUUCUCAUCAGUUUCUCCUGGUGUGUGAAUUACAUUCGUGCUGGAACUCUCAUCAUGCUGGUUCACGACUCCUCUGAUUACUUUCUCGAGUCUGCUAAGAUGUUCAACUAUGCUGGUUGGCGAAACGCCUGUAACUACAUCUUCAUCGUUUUUGCUGCUGUCUUCAUCGUCACCCGCCUCAUUAUCUUCCCCUUCUGGAUAAUUUACUGGACAUGGGUUUACCCAGUGACCGUCUACCCGCCUUUCUUCGGCUACUACUUCUUCAAUGGUCUGCUUAUGAUUCUGCAGUGUCUCCAUAUCUUCUGGGCAGUUCUUAUCAUCCGCAUAGCCCUCCGCUUCCUCACCAACAACGAAAUCAACUAA